AUGAGAAACCCUUUCCCACCCACCGACUCUGUGCCUGGACAUGGCCGCGUCCAUCUGGCUUUGUUGCCGCCGGCAACUCCAAUCCUACAGACCUUGACCUAUCAGUAUCCCCUCAAGCUGAUCUCGCCUACUCCUGUGACUAUAACUUCAUCUGCCGACAAUGACUCGUCGCAUCAGGUCCAUACACUCUACAUUUUGACCUAUGGCGGUGGUAUAGUUGCUGGUGAUACUCUCACCUUACGUAUUGAUCUCGAUCCUACCACCCGUCUGCUCAUCCUCACUCAGGGCAGCACCAAGAUCUUCAAGACUCCGGCCCCAUCGACUCUCAGUCGGCAAGAUAUGAAUAUGCAUCUGAAGCCUGCUGCUGCUCUUGUCUAUCUCCCGGACCCAGUCCAACCUUUCGCUCAGAGCGCCUUUGAGCAAACCCAGCGCUUCUACAUCCAUCAUCAACAGGAUGUUCCGAAUGCGAGCAUUUGUGUCUUGGACUGGGUAUGUCAAGGUCGCAAGGCUCUAGGUGAGGACUGGAACUUCUUCAAGUAUGCCAGCAAGAACGAGGUAUGGCUUGUCGACGGAUCCCGCGGGCCCGAUGAGACGAGACUGUUGCUCCGUGACAAUGUCACAUUGGACGCCAGUGACGACGCUAUACAAACUCCCUUGACGAGGCGUAUGGACGGUCUCGGUGCUUUUGGUACUUUGAUCUUGUACGGAUCCAUGUUCGCAAGUCUUGCGACAUUUUUCAUGGAAGAAUUCAAGGCGAUACCCCGGAUAGGAGGAAGGAAAUGGGACACCAGCGACGAUGCUGACGACGCAAUACGAGAUCUGGAACCUCUCGUGAUCAAACGGAAAGCGAGACAAAAACAAGAAACGAGCGAUGGCCUGUUAUGGACGGCGGCACUGAUACGAGGGUGUGUUGUUGUCAAAUUUGGCGCACGAGAAGUCGAGGGUGGAAAGCGUUGGUUGCGCUCUAUGCUUGAUACCGAAGGCAGUGUCCCCGCUCAUUUCGGAGAAAGAAGCUUAUUAUGCUUGCGAUAG